GCUGACAAUAUUUAUAUCUAUCAUUUGUUGACAUUGAUAUUGUUUACAAUCAAAUCUAAAUCGCAAUUUAUCCAAAUACUUUGUGUUGCUUCUAAACUAUUUUUAUUUAUUCUUUGAUUUUGCUCCGCUUUUGUCGCAUAUGAUAUUUCUGUGCUUACUAUGCAAAUCUGUUGUUAAAUUUCCAAGUGCAAAUAGAUAGCACGACAUGGAAGCUGUAGCUCGAAAACCCGAUAAGAGUCGCAUGCGGAAAACUAGACCCAGCGGUGUGGCCCAAGUGCAAACUACAUCGCAAGAUGAGUCUUGCAAUUCAUCUGAUAAAACUAGUACUGCAUCAAGCAACAUGUCCUCAGGGCAAAGCAUAGGCAAUAGUGUGAAGAGACUCGUUGCCGAAGAACCGUCAGAAAGUUUGGCUGAUGAAUUGGUAACUUCCAUUAAAAGCGAGGAGUUAAUUGUCGACCAAAUGAAAAGCAUGGAAAUCGAAUCACAUGCGACUACAGAGUCGAAUUCUACAAUCAGUGAAGAGUGGGAAAACGGCUCAACAGUAAAAUCGGAUCAGUCACAAGUUGGGCCUUUAGAAGCUCCCCUAAGCAAACGACAACAGGAAAAGUACAAUUUCGAAAAGUUUCUCAAUGCCAACAAGCAAAUUCUUAGCACAUUAGAAAGUAUCGACUCUAUUCCUUCUCGGCCUGCUACUGCAGCGCAAACUAACUUUAUACCAGAGCCUCAACAAUCAAUUGAGGAGGAAUUCAAUAUUAAACCGUAUACGGAGCAACAGCUCAAGUCGCUCUAUUGCAAUAGUGAGUUGGAUGUUUUAGAAGAAUUCACCAAAACCUACAUUGAUACGGAACUGAAGUCCAUACAUUUGAAGAAGCAUUAUCUGUAUGACUUGCUGGUGAAUUACUUGAAAGUGAGAGAGAAAAUUACUGGCAACCAUUUAGAGAUCGAGCAGCUUAGAAAAGAGUACCGCAAUUUGCAAAGUGAGCUUUGGACCAGCGAUACAGCCACUGUAAAAGCAGCAGGAACAUGCCAAGAUGGACGAGCCAUUACGACCACACAUCAGUACAAGAGAAGCCUAUUCCAUAGACCAAUUUUCGAAAAUAUUGUGGGCAUUUUAGGCAAAGUACAAAAGUUGGUGUAUGAAAAUCACGUUUUGUAUUCCUUUUCGGCCGAAGACUUCCGAUUGCAAAUUAUCGUGUACAUCGAUCAGGUGAUUACAAAUGUGGUUACAGUCACUAAUCUGGACGCUAGGGCUCCAGUGGCGUUAGACAUGAAAGAAUGUCUGCCGUAUAUAAAGGCCCACAUCAACGAAGUGCGGACUUCCAUAUCGAUUUUGUUCGCCUUUCAACGAAAGCUUAUUAAAGACAAAAUCUUCAUAGAGGACGCUCGAAACUGGCUCACUCAGUUGGUAGCUGUUUUAAUUCGAGUGGCAAACUAUCAGGAUCACCUAUUUCUCAUUCACCACAUCUUAAGAUGUCCAGCUGGAGUAAGUGCUUGGGCCACCACAUUCAUCCAGGUUCCGUUGCAUUUGCCAAUCGCCGAACCAUUUGCUAAUUAUGAAGUCAAUCAUCUCCUAUGUAUUCUAUCUGUAAUAUUAAGUCCGGUGAAAGAGAGAAAGGCGUUUCUUAAGGACAUCGCUCACUGCCAGAAUCAGGCCAGCGAAGCCAGUUGGGUGCUAGUGGAUUCUGAUGGAGAGGAAGACGAUGAAACCGGAAUUUCCCUACGAGAAAACGAUCUAGUGGCGAUUCUAAACCAGCUGCCGCUUGGUGACAUGUUCAGGUGUAUCUUGUUGAUAAGCAGAAGUGAUGACGUGGACCAAUAUAACAGCCAUUUAGUUAGCGAGCAUCAUAUCUUAAGGUAUUUUGCCUUUUCCUCGGCUCUUUUGCGGCUGAUUCACCAGGGUUUAGAUACUUACUGUCUGCCUAAGUAUAAUCAGUUUUCAAAGCGGUUGAGCCGCUUUAUAAGACACGUGAUCCAAUAUACUACAGACCAAUGGGAAAUAUUUCUUCAGAGGGAAUAUAUUCUAGACAGAGCGAUGCACCAAAGACUGCAAGCCGAGUACGAUGCCCUAUUUCUACGCGCCAUCUACUAUCUUUACUCUUCGCAAAAGCUCCGAGGAUGGCAGUUUCUUGCUGUAGUACCCUACAACGUAGUGUCUACCCGAACUUUGUGGAAAAUCUAUUACAUUUUGCACAUGCCCGAUGAAAAAGCCGACGACAUUAUCAACUUCUCAUUGGAAAGCGACUUUAAAAAGAUGGUUUGGGAGAAGGAUUUGCGGGACCAUUUCGAAGACAAGCUGACUAGCUUAGAUGACGCUGAAGUGUAUUAUUUGCUGAACACUUUCGCAAACAUGGCUUUGGCUAGAAGUGGCUCGGACGUGGAUUUUAUAUAUUCGUGUACCAUGGAUAUUUUGCAGGUGGGUUUUGUUUCCCAACUUACUCAGGAGUCCUGUUCAAAGUCGUCGAGAAUUUUACUAUCUCAUCUGCUGUCCAAGCAUCCAAGCUUAUUGUCGGCGAUCCUGAAAAAAGUUCAAGAAAAUGUAGACAAGAUAGGCAGUCUUGUUUUGUAUUUAUACGAAGACAUUCCAUUAUCCAUAUGGAACUUAGCUGAGGAGGAUUUCAGCAUAAUUGAACGGCUCUUAUUAAAUUACCCUGCUGGCAGCAACCAGACUAAGUUAGCUCGCAUGGUACUGUCGCGACUGAACUGGGACCUCCUUUCAUAUGAGAAACAUUGUGCCACUGCCAUUCUAGUUUUAAAAGCUGUUGAUCAAGAACCUUCCUAUUUACAAUGGGGGUGGCAAACGAUUCUACGUUUAAAGCUGCACAUCAGCGACCGCCACUUUGAAGAACUGGGGCGCGUUCAAGAAAUAGAAAGAUGCGACGUAUUACUGAAAGGAGUUCGAGACAAUCAACCGCUGGCUAGUUUUGUAGCAGUUCUAAUGACCACAUGGGGUCACCUAGUCCCUCUAAUCUGCAGCAACGGGUUGAAGCAACUGAUUGUGCUGCAGUCGCAUCAAAAACAUGAAGCGGUUUUAUUUGCUCUUUACCAAAUCGUGCCCAUUUUCAUUACAUGCCAGGAGUGUCUCAUCAACAGCAACACAUUUCAGGACAUUUUGGUCAAUCUAUUGAAUGCCGAUAGAGGCUAUAUAUCGUAUGCCAAAAGUUUCAUAGUCACUCAAAAUACGGUGCUGCAGCAGUUCGGAAACAUGGUUGAAACGCAGAUAGUUAAUUAUGCGGCGUAUGAUUUGCGAACUCCCAGGCUGCUGGUCCGUUUGUGGAUGAAUUCACUGGUGUCCAUUCCGAACUGGAGUAAAGAUAACGGCGUGUUAUAUUUGCUAGAUGUUAUAGUUAGAGGGACGUUUUUCUAUGAAAAUGGUUUGCAAGUUAUUUAUGAAAACCUCUGGGAUUUAUAUCAAACCACAACGCCACAAGAAUCAGCUUCACUAAUCAGCAGGUUCAAGUGGGCGUCAAGCGGUGGCAAGUCUGGAUACAGUUUGAUUCAGAACUCAUUGGCUCAAUAUCCAUGGCUGGCAUUCAUCUUUCUCGAGGUCGAGCACCAAGUCAAAGAAGUGAAGACUGCUCUAUGGAUGGAAGUUUUGAAAGAGCUCUCGGAACAAAAAGGAAAAAUUAGCGUGGAUAAUGCAAUCAAGAACGCCACUUCCACGCUGAAAAUAUCCACUUUCAGUUCGAGCUACCUUUCAAUCUACCGCUGGUCUCAACAGGCUCUAGACACUCCAUUGGAUCAUCCACUGUUGCCCCUAUUUUGGCAAAAGUUCUUCAUAUUAUUCUUAGAUCGACUGCCAGUAGCUGAUUCAACCGGCAAAAACUGCAUAGGAGAACGCUUUUUCGAUGGUAUGGUAAAUUUUGCCUUCUUAAAGCGGUUGAAGAGACGCCUACAAGAAAGUGUUGAUCAUUUUCGAAAUCAGAUCGAAGCUGCAAGUGACGUACCUGAUCCAGACCUAAAACAGUUUUACCAACUGCGAUAUCGCCUAUUUGAAGCAUUCCUUUUGUGGCUGGAAGAGCCCAGACUGCAGACAUCCAAUUUACUGUUGCAAAGUUUACCCGCUCAGUACGAUUCCAAGCGGUUGGCCUUGAUAAUCCACGAAAGUAGUAAAGUAGCCUGGUAUGAAUGUGUGAAUUACAAUCAAAUAUCAAGCGAUCAAUCUGGGGCUAUGAAGCAAUGGCGAAUUGCGAACUUUCGAGAGAAAUCCUCCUUUAACAGGCCGCUAUCCAAUCCUGGUCGAAGCAUUGAAAGCGUGGACCCUGCCGAAAGAAUAAUUCGCAGGUUGGGCUCCUACGACGUAGUAAAACCGGCACCCGAGCUUACGCGAAAAAGGGUAUUGGUGCCAGUGAUAGAUAUUUCCAACAAGGAAUCCAUGCUCAAGUCGCUUCAGCCAUGCUUCAAAACAUUGAGUCAGUUUGCCCAUAAUAAUGGGCGAAACCAAUCAGAACAAAAAGCUCUCGAUGGCGCCUACCAAGAGCUGAUACCGCAACUGUUUACUUCUGUAAUGAAGCGCGUUUGCAAACCGGUUCCUUGCAAAGGCAACAGGCAACAAGACUCAGCCAUUCUCUGCUCUGGACCUGCUAUGAUUGUUAUAGAAUUUCAGGAAGCCAAGCAAAAUGAGCGGGUCGAUCAUGAAAUAUUGGUUAAUAGGCAAGCUUACGAAUCGCUUCUUGAAAAGUCGUUGCAAAUGCCACCUGUUGCCUUAUAUACAGCUUCAGUAGCUAUUCAGCAGUGUAUCCGGCAAUUCGCUAACUCUACUUGUAGCGUUCUUCAAGAACGUGUGAAAACCAACCCAGAACUGGCCGAAUUAGGAGUGGAACUUUUUUAUCAUUUGUUGGCGUUCCUACAAGAUGACAUCGUUCUAUAUUUACCAGCCAGGUCCUUAUUUGUGAGUUGCAUUGAGAAACUGGGACAAUCGCAUAUUUGCGGCGUUGAAAGUGAAAUGCCAAGACUGCUUCAGUUGAUUUUAAAGGAGCCCAGUCUAGGGGAAUAUCUUGCGCCCUAUUUCUUGCCGAAGAAUUGCGACAGCGCAAAUAUUCUGCUGAUGUAUUCCACUAUAAUUCAUCAAAUGUCUAAGAAGUACGAUGUUGUUUUCGCGCUCAUUUCAAAGUUUGAUGUGGAAUCGUGGCUGAACCAAAAAACCCCUAAUUUGAGCCAAAGAACUCAGUUUAUCGGUAAUAUCAUUCAGGCCCUCUCUAUUCUGGGAUACGAUCCGCCAGUUGAUACGCUUACGCUUCAUGGGUUGUACCGGAAACAUUUAGUCACGGUGUUUGAAUUUGAGUUUCCGGAACAUUAUGGGGAAAUUAUCAUAGAACUGUUAAAAAGCAGUAAUGGCACUCCAGAAAAUAAUCUAAUUGCUGAAUCCGUGUGGAUCGACAUUCUUAAUUCUCUGGCAAAGCCGUCGAGAAUAUCUCCGAAGGCUCCUCUCAGAGAACAGCUGAGACAGUACUCACAGUACCAAAAAGUUUUAUCUCAUCAAGAACUUCUGGAAACUUGCUCACUGUUUUCGCGGCAUUUCACUGAGGAAAGACUAAGUUAUGGACUGUAUGGCUUAUUCCCGAAGUGUCGAAAGUAUGUCGAUAUAUUCGCUCUCAUGUUAGGCAUGGCUGGACAUGGAUUAAUUGUUAGCAUGUUGAACACUCACCAGGGAUUAUUAGGCGACAAAUUGAGCGAGCAAAUUUGGCCGUAUAUCAGAGACAUGUUUGCGCCAUGGUUAAUCCCAUAUUCCGUCAAUAGUCUAAAAGAUAAUAUGGCCAAUUGGAUUCAACAGUUGGCCGACGAUCGAUCAGUGCUUCUUCCAUGGAUUCCAGCCGACCGAGAAUCUGCUGAAAAGAUGUUGCGAUGCUUUUGUGAAUGUAUUCACUUUCUCCUGGAUGCUUUACCAGCGUCCUUCAACAUUCUAAGUUACGUCUUCCAGUGGUAUGCUUCUUCAUUUGCGCACACAUCGGUAAAAGAAUACAUCUUAAUUCCGGUCCACAAUGCGUUUAUAGCAUUUCCCUGGAACAAAUUCUGGCCAUCCAUGAUCGAUUUGGAAUUUAUGUUGCGGGUCAUUGACCAAUACUUGCCCGAAUGCCAUUCUUUCUUGGGGUACAUUUUUAUGUCGAUUCCAUGGGUCAAUUGGAUGAACAGCUUUGCAGACGCUCCUGCUCAAAUAAAAAACCGAGUUUACUAUUGUUUCUUGAGCCUAUUGGUCAAAUUGUCCGUGGAGCCGAAGGUGCGAAUGGACCAUUUGGUGAAGGUUAGGGCGAUCUUGAUUCAGGCGGAGAAUUUCGACUGGGCCCAUUUGGAGCCAGUCGGGUUUCAGCAUAUAAUGGACUGGGUUGUGAUGUCGUGCAAUACUAACGUUAUUUUCAAAAAUGACGUUCUUGAUUUAGACUACAGGCUUCUUUGCCUGCUCAAGCUAGUUUCGGGUUAUAAUAAGAGCUGGCCUGAUUUAUCUAUGGAGCUGAGGAGCAAAAGACAGAUAUAUGUCCGAGCCCACACAAAAUUGCUUUCGGUGCACAUAAGCAGAAACAAGAGUUUACAUAACAUAAGGGAAGACAAUGUGCGAGUGAUAAUAAAUGGUUACUUGAACGAUUUGGACUGUGUAGUCACAGCCGCAGAUGAAAUGGAACUGCUUCUAAAGGAAAUAUUAUCUGCUGUAAAUAUUUCGGAAAUUUCCGAAAUCGUACUGAAUGUUCUUAUCAGAUGGGUGGAAAACAAAACCAGCGAAAUUACUAUUAAAGCGUUCUUGAAAACUAUGGGCACGACUAUAACUGAUUACAAGCAUUUAGGUACCUUGUAUGAGGCAACAUUAACUAGUUAUUUUAAUACUAAUGUUAUUGGAGGCAAUUCCGAGGAGCCGCCAACAUGGAGAAAAGUGAGCACAAUUGUGAAUAUUUGUCCCGCAAAACCUGUGGAUUUUGAGCAAGCAUUACUGGUCGAAGGAUUUAUACUUACCCUAAACGUGGUAUUGCUACAAAGGGUCUAUAAAAACGCAGAUCUAGAGAAUUUGCUCAAUCAUUGCCUGGGUUGGUUGGAGAGGAUCAAGCUGCGCCAUGACUUAGAGUCCAAAAUGCCACUUCUUUGGUUUGCCGUUGUAAAUCUUGCUUUGCACCAUUGUGUAAAAGAUGAAGGUGCCACUGGUGGGCUGUUGCGAAGAUUCUGCCGCAUUCUGUUGCGGAUAGCUGAAGAGGCUAGUCCGAACAACUGGGGCAGAGGGUUACUGACCGCAAUCGGGUUAAGCAAGACUGAGGCAAUAAGUCUGAAUUUUAGAUUUAUUUGUCGUGCAAUGGCGGGCUAUGUCCUGGCGCAGUUGCCGGAUAUCAAAGGUAGCUCGCAAAAGGUUCGCCUAGCGGCAAAUGCGGCCUGUGCUAUUGGGACACCCGGUGGAAACACCGAGUGUCCGAAGGUUCUAUUGGGACUGGAUUUUGGACAAUCUCAAGGAAAAAUUAAAGAUUGUGCGGAAGUUGCAUUAGCCAAGAUUCAGGAUCCAUGUAAUUCCAUGCACAACGCAAACUCCUUUCUUAAAAUGCUGUUGAAGCAAUUUUAUAUUAAGCCUUAUCUUAAAGGGCUUGACAACUACGAGCUCUGAUGCGGGAAUAAAUACUAUUAGUUUUAAUAUAGAAAUACCAAAUUUUUGUGUAAGACUACGUUUAUAGAGGGUGAUAAGGAUGAUGAUCUACUGCUGUGAUCUGUUUCAAACAGUUUAUUAUUAAAGUAGAUUUUAUGCAA